AUGAGGGAACACAGGAUAUCAGGAUUAAAAAUUGCUCCUGAAAGUCCUACUUUGUCACAUCUCUUUUUUGCAUAUGACACAUUAAUCUUCUGUAGAGCAUCUAAAGAAGAAGCAGGUAAGGUCAAACAGCUGCUAGAGAUAUAUGGAGAGGAAUCAGGACAACGUAUAAACACAGAGAAAUCAUUUGUGCUAUUUAGCAAGAACACGGAAGAGAGCAGCAUUGAGAAGAUUCUGAAUGCGUUGGGAGGAAUGAAACAAGUGAGGCAGAGUAAAUACUUGGUGCUUCCUAUGAUAAUUGGGAGAUCUAAGAAACAUGUUUUCAAAUAUAUAAGAGAAAAAGUGAAUAGUAGAAUCAAUGGAUGGAAGGAAAAACUGCUAAGCCAAGCUGGUAAAGAGGUGUUGUUGAAAGCAUACCAAACUAUGCUAUGA